GAUUGGCCAGACGCCGUGAUGCUAGCAGACAUAUUAUUGGUUAAGGGGGCAGCAAGUUAAGAUGGCGGCGGCUUCAGCUGUGCGAGCUAUCGGGAGUAACCUCGGGAAGAACCUCAAGGAGAUCCGGCUUCACCUUUGCCAGCGCUCGCCCGCCAGCCAGGGAGCCAGAGACUUCAUUGAACAGCACUAUGUGGCUCUAAAGAAAGCCAAUCCAGAUUUCCCUAUCCUGAUCAGAGAGUGCUCAGAUGUGCAGCCCAAACUCUGGGCUAGAUAUGCAUUUGGCAGAGAGAAGAGUAUACCACUGAACAACCUAACUGUGGACCAAGUUACCAAAGUCUUGGAGAAUGCUGUUAACAGCAAAGCAUAAAGAUAAUCCAUACAACCUGUAUUUAAGUCUAAGUUAAAAUUUACACGUGUAACUCCUGUAUAAAAAAUGAUUUACAAAAUACA